CUGCAUCUCCCGUCUCCGCAUCCAAACCCUAGAAAUUUUGUCUCUCUCGCCGCCUUGCGAAAAGCAUUUUCGAUCUUACUCUUAGGAUAAAAAAAUGUCGACAGUUGGAGAGCUUGCUUGCAGCUACGCUGUUAUGAUCCUCGAGGACGAGGGUAUCGCUAUCACGGCUGACAAAAUCGCGACCUUGGUGAAAGCUGCUGGUGUUAGUAUUGAGUCAUACUGGCCAAUGCUAUUCGCCAAGAUGGCUGAGAAACGUAACGUGACUGAUCUCAUCAUGAACGUUGGUGCUGGUGGUGGAGGUGGUGCUCCGGUUGCAGCUGCUGCUCCAGCUGCUGGCGGUGGUGCGGCAGCUGCUCCUGCUGCUGAGGAGAAGAAGAAGGAUGAGCCAGCAGAAGAGAGUGACGGAGAUUUGGGUUUCGGUUUGUUUGACUAAACGCAGUCACUUGUCUUUCUUCUUUGUAGUUGGAUAUUGGAGACUAUAUUUUGUCGUAUGAGUUAUUAUUACUUGUUUGAUCUGGCUAAAGGACUAUUAGUUGGUUUAUGAUGCGUAUGUUGUAUAACUCAAGUUUCCUAGCAAACCAAUCGGCUCGGGCUUUUGUUAGAAUUGAUUUUGUUUAUUUUCUACCAAGUCUUCGUUCAUCAAAUAUAGGUCUUUAAUUUCGAAAACGUCAAACCAUAAAUGUUAAAUCCGGUCAUACAAUAUUUAGAAUUGUCAUCAAAUAUAGGUCUUUAAUAAAAUUGGCUUUUGCAGUAAUGUUAGGCCGGCCCAAUGCCUUUAUUAUCGGAACAUGUUAGUGUUUGUUCUUCU